AACAAUUUAUAUCUUUAAAAAUGUUCCCUGUUAAAUUUUCAGUCGUCGUUCUCUAUUUUGUCAUUAACUUCCUAAAAGUGUAUGGCGAUGCAACAGCACAGUUGUUUUACUUCAGUCGGGACUAUCCCACCGAAAAGAAGCCGCUGACAAGCGAUAACUUUCUGGAAAUAAUCGAAACAUCCAAACCAAUUAAGUUUUUCAUCCACGGAUGGGGAGAAAGCUCGGAAAAAGCAUAUUUCCAACAAUUGACACAGGAAUAUUUGAUUAAUGCUGACGUGCAAAUUGUUCAAGUCGACUGGAAUACAUUGGCAAGUAAACCGUACCUACAAGCUGUUGAAAACACAAAAAUUGUUGGAGGAUACGUCGGUGAAUUGAUAAUAAAACUCAAAGAAAGUUCAACUGAAGACAUUUUGCCACUGGUUCAUAUUAUCGGACAUUCGCUCGGAGCGCAUGCAGCAGGACACGCUGGAAAAACAAUCCGGCAGCAAACUGGUCAAGUGCCAGCACGUAUUACCGGUUUAGAUCCUGCAGGGCCACACUUUGAUCUUGUGCCUGCUGAUAGAUUAACAGCGAAUGAUGCUGUUUUCGUUGACAUUACGCACACGGAUGGUAAUUAUUUUGGCUUGGAUGAAGCCACAGGACACAUUGACUUCUAUCCGAAUGGGGGACACCGUCCGCAGCCGGGUUGUGAGCCGUUUAAUAUUGAAAUGCUACAGUUGGAACCAGCACAACUAGGAUUUUGCAGUCAUAUCAAAAGUUACAUGUAUUUCAUCGCAUCGAUAAACAAUCAGAGCGAUCUGGCGACGAAGUGUGAUAGUUAUGAUGAUUUCAAGCGAGGCGCUUGUAAUUUUAACGAGCAGACAGUUUACGGGGAGCAUGUUAGUGUUGAUGCGGUGGGAAAGUUUUAUUUUGAUGUACCCGGGCAUAAAUUACAUCUCUUUGAACCGCUUACGCCGAUUUUAAACGGGAAUUUGAAUCUAUCUGGGGGGAUUGUUCAAAAUUUGUUGAAAAUUGUCCAUUAACAGUAAAUGAUUUUUUUUUAUAAUUAAACAUUUUGUUGUUAAACUUUAGUUUGGAUUGUAAUGAAGAUACUCAUAUAAUAAAACUCUUUAUACAA